AUGUCCCCCGUCGACGACCGUAUCAAGGAGCUGCAGGAGAAGAUCAAGGCCCUCAAGGUCGCCAAGCAGGAUGCCAGCAAGGAGGUUGACGAGAUGAAGGCCCUCAAGGCUCAGCAGACCAAGGACAAGAAGGACGGUCCUGCCGGCUUCCAGCUCAAGGUGCCAAAGGGUACCCUCGACCACAAGCCCGCUGCCGCUCUGCUCCGCAAGAAGAUCUUUAACACCCUUGAGAACAUCUUCACCACCCACGGCGCUGAGACCAUCGACACUCCCGUCUUUGAGCUCAAGGACAUUCUCGCCGGCAAGUACGGCGAGGACUCCAAGCUCAUUUACGACCUCCAGGACCAGGGCGGCGAGCUCUGCUCGCUCCGCUACGACCUGACUGUUCCCUUUGCCCGUUACGUCGCCAUGAACGGUAUCACCUCGAUGAAGCGUUACCACAUUGCCAAGGUGUACCGUCGCGACCAGCCCGUCAUGUCCAAGGGCCGCAUGCGUGAAUUCUACCAGUGCGACUUUGACAUUGCCGGCAACUACGACGCCAUGGUCCCCGACGCCGAGAUCAUGCUCAUCCUGACCGAGUGCCUCGAGCAGCUCGAGAUUGGUGACUUUACCAUCAAGAUCAACCACCGCAAGAUCCUUGACGGUAUCUUUGAGCUCGCUGGUGUCCCCGCCGACAAGAUUCGUGCCAUUUCGUCGGCUGUUGACAAGCUCGACAAGCUGCCGUGGGCCGACGUCAAGAAGGAGAUGACCGUCGAGAAGGGUCUGGACCCCGUCAUCGCCGACCGCAUUGGCGAGUACGUCGGCAUCAAGGGUGAGGGCCGCGAGGUCCUUGCCAGGCUCCAGGGCGACGAGAAGCUCAACUCUAUCCCCUCGGCCAAGGCCGGUCUCGACGACAUGGCCAUCCUCUUCGACUACCUUGAGAACUGCUACGGCAUCCUCGGCCGCUUUAGCUUUGACAUGUCCCUCGCUCGUGGUCUGGACUACUACACUGGUAUCAUCUACGAGGCUGUCACCGACGGCUCGGCCCCCGCCGCGCCUGCUGCCGCUGCCGCCGAGGGCGACGCCAAGACCAAGGGCAAGAAGGCCGCCAAGGUCGUCAACGAGGACGGUGUCGACGAGAGCGCCGUGGGUGUCGGCUCGAUCGCCGCCGGUGGUCGCUACGACAACCUCGUCAACAUGUUCGCCGAGGCUGCUGGUUCGAAGCGUUCCGAGCUCGUCCCCUGUGUCGGCGUCUCGAUCGGUGUCGAGCGCGUGUACGCCAUCCUCGAGCAGCGCCGUCGCGCCGAGGCCGCCAAGCCCCGCUCCAAGGAGACCCAGGUGUACGUCAUGGCUCUCGGUGGUGGUCUCCUCCCCGAGCGCAUGAAGUUUGCCAAGCAGCUCUGGGACGCCGGCAUCAAGGCCGAGUUCAUGUACAAGGCCAAGCCCAAGGCCCCCGCCCAGUGGGCUGUCGCCGACAACGACCAGGUUCGCUACGUCGCCAUCCUUGCCCCCGCCGAGCUCGCCAAGGGUAUCGUUCGCAUCAAGGAGCAGGGUGUCGAGCGCGAGGCCGGCCAGGACAACGGCGAGGAGGUCGAGAUUGACAAGGUCGUCGAGUACCUCAAGCAGCGCCUCUAG